UGGUCGAAACAAUGAUUGAACGACUUAUUGAAGUUUAACUCAACUAGAGGAACUUCGAACGAAACAUGGAAAUUGCUAAACGAAGGAGCAAGAAGAAUAGGAAAACAAAGAAAAUUCUUGUCUUCAAUGAACAGAAUAGAAUAGAGUAUUUGACUGGAUUUCGGAAGAGGAAAAAAGAAAGACAACAGCAUGCUAAAGAAGAAAGAGAAAAGAGAUUAAAAGAAGACAAAAAGGCUCUAAAACAGCAGAGGAAGGAGUUGUUGUUGAAAAGUCAGAAAUAUGCAGGUAAGAGGAAGUCCAAGGUGCCAGAACUGGAUGAUAUUGAGGAUGUAGAGACUUCAGUGGUGGAUCUACCUUCUCACACAGUUACUGUAACAGACAUCUCAGAAAUAGAUCUAGCAGGGCAUAGUGGACUGAGACUGGGUGUAAACAGGGCUGAUGAGGAAGAGGAGAAAACUGAAGAUGACAGCAUGGUUAAAAUCAGUGACGAGAAACUGAAGAAAUCUCUAAAGAGGCUUAAGAAGAGACAAGGAGAAAUCGACUCACACAUUCAUCCAUCAAAGAAGACAAGGUUUCAGAAGACCCAUCCCAAGCAGUACGACAAAAAGUCAAUGAAGAAGAGGAAAGAAAAAUUUUCUUAUAAAAGGCAGAAAAAGAAAAUAAAACCUAGAAAUUAAUAAAUAUUUUGUUAUC